GAGGCGAGACCAGCAGACGGCGAUAAGCGGGCGUGGCAGCAACAUCAGUGGCAGGCAGCAGCAGAAGCAGUAGAAGGAGCAUCAGCAUCGACCAGCAAGGAGCUCAGAAGGAUAAAGACCGAGUGACAGAAAGAGGCACACCCGGAGUCAGCUAUGUGGCCGUCGUGGCACGGAAUAUCCCUGCUGGGGCUUCUGGUGGCAGCCGCUUUGGCUCUGCACCGCACCCCGGACCAGGCCAUGGCCAUAACCUCUCCUCUGGUGGGGCAGGACUUGGUCGACUUUCAGCCCUAUUUCCAGGAACAGGAUCAACUGGUGGCCGCCUCCAAGAAGCACGAGGAGCACGAAGAGGGCGGCGAGGAGGAGUCCGGCGAGGAGCAGCAUAGCGAGCACUUCAAGAAGCACGGUGGCAAGAGCAAGAAGGAACACAAGCACGGCGAAAAGUCGGAGAAGGGGGAGAAGGGCCACCACGACAAGGAGGGCAAGAAAGGCGAGCACAGCGAGGAGGAGGGCCACGAGAAGAAGCACAAGCAGUCGGAGUCCCACCACAAGAAGAAGAAGAAGGGCGAGAAGGGGGAGAAGGGCAGCGAGUUCGAGGAUCACGGCUCCUACAAAAAGGGCCACUCCAUCAAGGGCAAGCACAACGUCCACAAGCUCAACGAGGACAAGAAGGAGAAGAAGUACUACGACGAGGAUCAUGUGGAGGGCGGCGAGGAAAAGCAUGGCGGCUUCGAGGAGGCCAAGAAGCACAAGAAGGGCAGUAGCCACAAGAAAGGGGAGCACAAGAAGGGCGGCCACGAGGAGCACCACGGCAAGAAGGGGCACUCCAAGAAGGGACACAAGAAGAAGGGCCACAAGGGCCACAAGAAGAAGCACGAGGACUCCAAGAAAUGGGGCCACAAAAAGGAGCAGGGCAAGAAGGGCGGCGCCGAGCACAAGAAGAAGUGGCACAAGUCCUCCAAGAAAAGCAGCGAACACGAUCAUGGACAUCACUGAGCCAAGAGUGGAGCAUGCAUUGUGGCGCGUCCUUCCUUUUUCGAUGAUAUU